AUGAAAAAAUACGCCCAAACAAAAUAAAGCAAAAAAAAAGCGAAAACAGUUAACUUUAUAUUAGAAAAAAAUGCUUAAACAAAUCUUUAGUGCCGUUACUGCACCACGUACGAAACUGGUAUUAGUGGUGCGAGGUGAUUUAAAAAUGUCUAAAGGAAAAACUGCUGCACACCGUGCGCAACAUGCCAGCUACUUUUGCUAUCAACAAUCUCAAAAGGAACAAGAUAAGCAAAAAUUAGUAGAAGCUUGGUCAACUUUGGGACAACCCAAAAUUGUAUUGCGUGUAAAUACCUUAGAAGAGCUUACAAAUUUACAAAAUCGUGCUAAAAAUGCAGGUGUAAUCGCUGAAUUAGUACGAGAUGCAGGACGUACGCAAUUAGAAGCUGGUACAGCAACAGUUUUGGGCAUUGGACCGGAUAUAGAAAAAAAUGUAGAUUGA